AUGAGUAUGUUUCCUGUUCGUGUUGUGGUCGAGUCGGUUAGACCGCAGCACUGCCUCACAUGCUCGCGCGAAGGACAUAUGCUUGCCGAUUCAUAUGCUAUAGUCUCAGGUGCAACCUUAUUAAGUCAAUUGGUUGACACAGUACUCGGUGCACUAGGAAUGCCUCAACUUGCAUUACAUUCGAAGGUUGAUACUAAAAGCUACUUAAAAACUAUAUAUACAUAUAUGUAUAGUGAAGCGAGUGGACGUCGAGAUGUGAAUUUUUGA